AUGUCACCGAUAACACGUAGCAAAACAAGUCCAAUUCGUUUUCUCCUUUCUGAGUUUCCUACAUUUCUUGACCUUGAGUUAGCUUAUUGUAAAGCACUUCCUCGUCUUCAACAAGACGCAGAACAAAUUUUAGAAAAAAAGUUGGAAGAACAUGAAGUCAAAGUACAUUUUUAUAAACCUAGCGCGUCGCCAGAAUAUUGGUUUGUUAAUAAUAGAGAAGCAUUGGAAGAAGUUGUUUAUUAUAAAAUGAAAAUUAGGUUGUUUAUGAGAUAUAAAAAGCAAUUUAUGGAUAAAGAAAUUGAUUUUUCAAAUUGCGUAGAAUUAAAAUUGCCACAAAAGAAAGUACUUCCUCAUAAGGAAUUAUUUUCCUGCGGUACACUUCCAGUAAUGAAUAUUUAUAAUUUUGGUAGACAUUCAACAAAGGAAGGGUAUGAAAAGGAAUACAGUUUCUUUCAUGAAGAAGAGGCAGCGUCAUCUUCAACCGUCUUUUAUCAAUCACCACCAACACCACGUAAUUUUAGUUUUCUUUCUCACUCGUUCAAAUUUGAAUCCAGUCAAACACUCCUUGGAGACUACACUGAUACCGAAAUCGAUGAUACAGCAUCACCAUCUUUAGAUCAUCAUCAUAAUGGACGUGCGCAAUUAUUUAACAACAUUUUACGUGUAAUUAAUUGUCAUCAAUUUCCUAUCAAUUGGUUAUUUAAUUUAAGACACGAUAAAAUUUAUUUUUUAUUGAUGGUUUUAAUUUCAUUUUCGGUAUAUGGGUAUAUGUUGGGAUUUAACUUUAAUGAGGUUAAACAAGUACAACAACAUAAAGUUUUGAUAAAAGGAAGGUUAGAUGGUACAGUUAGGGUACAAGUACAAGAAUUCAUUGAACAAGAAAUGUUACGAGUUUCUUCAACAUCAUCAGCUAAAAUUCGAAAAGGGUUAAGUAAUGAUGAGUAUGUAGGGAAAGAAAAUGAUAUAGGAUUACUUGGAUAUGUUAGAACGCAAUUACAUGAGGUACUCCAAGAACAAUUAGAGAAGAUGAUGGAAGGUACAAGCGCGGAUUAUGCUUUGUAUACAGGUGGAGCAAGAAUUUUAAACCAAUUAACAUCACGAAAUUAUGAGAUUUGGCCAAGUAAAUCUUAUCAGCGCGUUUGGGGUAGAUUAACACAUCGAAACGUAAUUACCAGCAAAAAACCAGAAGUCGUCUUAUCACCCAAUGUGAAUGUUGGAGAAUGUUGGUGUUUUAAUGGCACGAACGGACAAAUUGGUAUAAAAUUGUCAAGAAGUAUUAUAGUAACGCAUCUUACUUAUAGUCAUAUUGGAAAAGAAGUAUCAAUUGACCCUAUUUCAUCAGCUCCUUUUGAAUUUGAAUUGUGGGGUUUAAAUGAAAAGCAAAGAGAUUUUAAGGUGUUUUUGGGUAAGUAUCAAUAUGAUUUAAAUGGUCGUCCCACACAAGUAUUCAAUGUACCUGAUGAGAUUGCAAAAAAUAAUAAUAAGAGAGUGGAUUCUAUUGUUAUGAAAAUUCUUAGUAAUCACGAAAAUUCUCAAUUUACUUGUUUGUAUCGGCUUCAAGUUCAUGGUGUUAUGCCUAGAUAA